GAUAUAUCAGAGGAAUCAGUGUUUCGAGACUAUGCCUUAUCUACAAUAGUUGGUGGGAAUGAUGAAAAAAAUACACAGAGCGGGGAACAAAGUUCCAUAACCAAGCCUGAUGAUAUAUCUGCAGUUAGUAAACCUA